CAUCGGCACCGAGCGUGUGGCGGCUGCCAACCACACUUGUGACAACCUGAUUGCCCUGCACCACUCGGACUCUGCGACCAUCGCGGAAUGGAAGGACCUGUUGAACGAGCGCUGGGAGGACCUGCUGGAGCUGAUAGACACGAGGCACCAGGAGCUGCAGGCCUCCUGGGAGAGACACAAGUUCUUCAGUGACUGCAAGGAGACUCUGGAGAUCAUUGUUGAGAAGCAGAACUCGAUUCCAGAUGAGCUGGGCCGGGACGCACAGAGUACGGCAGCCAUGCAGAGGAAACACAACAACUUUGAGUCGGACCUCGUCACUUUGGAGGCACAGAGAGACCCUGACGAAUAUGCAAGAAAAAGAUUUGAGGCUCUUAUGAAACACAAUCCAAAAAACGACGAAAUACUUGUUCCUAUUCAGUACCUGUCAGGCAAGAUUGAGUUGGUAAAGAUCACCAAGGACACCACAGCUGAUACAGUUGUGAGGAUUCUACGCCAGCCCCUGAAUUUGAAGGAGGGUAGCUGGGAACUACACGAGAUUGUUAAGGACCAAUUAGAGCGAUUUCUACCAGACAAGACCAAGUUAUGGCCCCAGGUGCACCAAUGGCAGACAUGGGUGGGCGACUACCCUUCCUCAGCCCGUCUUUGUUUGUGUCCAGCCUCCAAACUCAGACAAAAACUACAGCAGUCAAUGGGAGCAUUGCUUCUCUUUCUAUGUCAAUGAUGGCCACAAGAUGGGUAAGAAGGACUUGUUUGGUCACACAGUUUUCUUCACCAGUGAGAAGGAGAAACUUCUUUGGAUGGCAGCAUUGCUCAAUUCUCAGUCACCACUUGGGGCAGGAUGCUAGCUGUAUGCACAUGUUUUUAUGGGCUAGUGCAAUGUGACCUUCACAACGGAACAAUCUGUGGAGUGAUCACUGAUCAUGUGAUCCUCAGUAAUACUGUGGAGACAAGAACGUUAAAGAAUGGCCUGGCUGGAGGUGGAAGAACAGCUAUCAGGAAACCAAAAACUUGUCCAAGAUUUUCAUAAUAUUUACUAGACUCAUAUGGAACAUUUUAAUAUUUUAUUAUUCAUAUUAAAGUGAAACAAAGAUUUGUGUUAUAUACCAACUUUGGAAAUGUUGCCACAAGAAGAAUCUGAAUUGGACGAUUCAUUUGUCUUAUUUAAAUCAUUAAAGACAAAAACAUAUUUUCUGAUUCAAAAUUAUUAGCUGGGUCUAUGGACCCUUUCUUUCUCCUGAAAGGAUCAACUCCGAGGACUGGCAGUUACUCGACAGCUAGGGCCUAAUUUGCCAAGGAUGUCCUGGCCAUGAAAAAAGAACUUAGAAUUAGAUAGAACAAAGAGUCUCACAGAACAAAUCGUCAGAAAGAAGAUGAACUCAGAAUGUGGUGUUUGUUUGAUUGAAGCUGAGGUUUUGUAUUGGUCAAGUGACGCAGAAAAAAUUUAUUUGGGAAGAUAUGUUACUGAGCAACAAAAGUGUUUACCAACAUGGAUGUGAUUGUGUUGCAGUCUGGACCAGUGUCCUUUAAUGCCUGUGUUUACCAAUUGUAAGUUUAUAUUUGUAAUGUUAAUUAUUGUCAUGCCCUAGAUUGUUCAUGCAAACAUGUGUUUAUGUACAUGUACAUUGUUCAUUUUCACCGUUAAUGUUUUGCAUCUAAAUGACUAUGUCACUGUUAUUUAAUGCUUUUAUUGGAUGCUGUGUGGAAGUUAGAGCUGAUAACAGCCGAUGCCUACCUUUUGCACUUCUUUAUUAUUUGUAAUAUCCUUUUUAAAAGUCUCAUUGUAUUAGCGUCUGUUAAUGUGGCAGCCAUUUUUGCAUAAACAGGAAGUUGAUUUCCUGAUGCUGACAUAAGUGCCUUCAUAAAAAUAUAUUUCUUUUUUUAUGAAAUACUGCAAUUGUUGUUCAAGCAUAUUUCAAUGUAAAAAUAUAAUUUGUUCAGGACAAAAAGUUAGAUAAUGAUGUCUCUACCUUUGUUUCUUGUUACAUGUGUAUAAUGUUUAUGUGUGUUGAAACUGCAGUCAGUUCUUUAUUCCAAGUAAGUUUAAGAGAACUAUUAAUGUACAUAAAAGUAUUGGGCCGAGGGUUGCUGUAUUGUUGCAUAAUGCUGCUCAAUGGUGUUUGCAAUAUUGCAGCAGCUAGAUGUGAUAUCAAGGGCAUUUCAGCAGGCAUCAUACUUCUUGUAAAAUCACUUGUAAAAAAUUACUGUGAUGUAUGCUUCUUGAAAUUCAUUCUGUAUCCUAUAUCCUGUCAACUUUCCAUAGAAAGAAUUUGUAUGUACAAAAGAAUUGGUUGGGUUAACAACUCUUAAUGUGGAGCACAAAUUUAACGAAAUUAAAUAGGUUAACUGUAAAUCAUGUGAUACCCAAAUGCAAUACUUGGUAACAUGUAAAUCCUGUGGUAUAUGAAUACAAUUAUAGGUUAACUGUAAAUCAUGUGAUACCCAAAUGCAAUACUUGGUUACAUGUAAAUCCUGUGGUACAUGAAUACGAUUAUAGGUUAACUGUAAAUCAUGUGUGAUGUCCAAAUGCAAUACUUAGUUACAUGUAAAUCCUUUGGUACAUGAAUACAAUUAUAGGUUAACUGUAAAUCAUGUGAUACUCAAAUGCAAUUAUUGGUUAACUAUAAAUCAUGUGGUACCCAUAUGCAAAUUACAUUGACUGUUAAUCAUGUUGUACCCAAAAACAUGGCUUUGUUAAUCUGCAGGUUAACUAUUAAUCACAUGGCACCCAAAUACAUGGGUUGGUUGAAGUGCGGUUAACUAUUAAUCACAUGGCACCCAAAUACAUGGGUUGGUUGAAGUGCAGGUCAACUUUUCAUCACAUGGCUCCCAAAUACAUGGGUUGGUUGAAGAGCAUGUUACUUUUCGAAAGAUUGAAACAGUUGAUAUGUAAUAAAUGCUUUCCAUUUGUGCAAUAUCGAUAGUGUUCCUUUAAUGUCAUUCUAUUUCGCAUGUACACUUAUUGGAAGUGAUUUGGUGUGAUUCUACUUUCACAGUUUUUGUUGACUGCCCGUUAGUGUGUGGUGGUGUUGAAAUAAUUCAAUAACAUUUGCUGUAAAGUGUUGUAAAAUUGAUUUUAACAAGCAAUUCGUUGAAUUGAUAUCCCCCGCCAAUAUGCUUCUGGUCAAAAUGUGUUAUAUUUGACACUCAAAAAAGCAUUUUUUUUCAAGAUACAAAGGGCCAUAACCCUUCAAUAACGCAUCAAGCAUCAACGAAGCAGACGACAAUUUGAGCGUUUUUAGCAUAACCAAUUCAUUUUAUGAUCCGCCACAACUUAAUUUCCAUGAGGACAACAUCAGCAUUUUGAGCACAACAAACCCUUUUUACGAAGAACCCACCACUAACGAGGAAGACUCUAACAGUAUAUUCAGCGAAUCCAAUCCAUUUUAUGAAGCACAACAACGUUAUUUCCAUGAGGACACAUUCAGCAUCUUGAGCCUAACAAACCCUUUUUACGAAGAAUCCACCACUAACGAGGAAGACUCUAUGAGUAUCUUUAGCGAAUCCAAUCCAUUUCAUAAAGGUCCAAGAAGAGAGCAUCUCGAAGUAAAAGCGAUCUCGAGCAAACUAGGGGACGGGGAUGCACGUGCUGUUGAUCCCACUGAAGUGAUGCUGUCUGUCGAUGUGAAUAGUCUGUGUAUACAAAAGAAGUCAAAAAUGAUGCAGGACAUCAGGGAGAUUGCCGACGAACGCAAAUGUGAACAAUACGGGAAUUCAUUUCAAUGCUAAGAGGGUUCCUUUAAAGAUCUACGAAAACACGAACAUUAUCUUUUUAUGUGAAUAUAAACUACAAAUAUAUGAUUUUUUUUGUCUUAACACUGCUGGUAUUAAUUUAUUUUACUUGUGGUGAAUCAUGUUUUACUACGGGAUCGUAAAAAUGCUUUUUUUUCUGCAAAUAUACAACAUACAUGAAUAACUCAGGAUUAAUGAAUUAUGAUUAACUCGAUAUAACACUCAUCCGACAGUAAAUAGUGUUUGAUAGUCAAUAAAACUAUGCAAAUGUG